AUGUCUUCCGAACAAGAAGUCCGUGCACAGUUGUUUUUGGUUUCCUUCUUCAUUGCUGCGUUUACUUACCAAGACGGUGAAGGUAUAAAAGAAAAUAUUCGUCACUUUUUAAAAAAAAAAAAAUUUGUUUUUAUGUAUUUCCCAGCGCAGAGUAUCAAAACGGGAAUAUGCAAUAUGACCUUUACUACUUCUGGUCUGUUUGCGUGUGAAAAGGUUUCCUUUGAGAAGCCUUUCAAUGGCGGACAGGAUGUGAAAGUUUUCGUUUCCAAAAUCCACGCAACAAAGAGUUCAACUGGUAGAAAUGGCGCAGCUGUUUGGGUGGAAUCUGUGAAUAAUAAUGAAUUUACAGUUUGUGCUUUGGAGUACGGAGAUGGUUCUAGUAAGACUACGAAAAUAAGCUGGAUGGCCCUGCAAUCUGUUCCCGUUGGCGCUCAACUAGACACCGUCUCGUUGGAUUCUUGGACCACUGGAAUAAAGUGUAAAAGGAUCGCCUUUGAAAAGGUUAGCUUUGUUUCCACUUGCGUCUUCCUUCAGUUCACUUUACAUUUAAAAGCUCUAACUGGUUUAGUUAUUUCUGUUCACUCCAACCUAGAGACAAGACUUAAGGAAGAUAUUUUUUGAGAUUUGUUUGACUGAAUGUCUAACUUCCUAUAUCUUUAUUUAGGAGCCAUGAGCUGCUGACUCUCCGUUUGACUUUUUUCUUAUAUCUUUUAGUCAUGCUUUAUUCCUUUGCUGCAGUAUAUAAUAACAUUCUUAAUUCGUUUACGAUCUUUCAUAUUUUAAAAUCUCUAUCUUUUUCUGUCCUAAUUUUGUCAUCUAUGAACUAAAGUUAUGUUGCAAUCUGUCCUCCACUUCUCAUUCAUUUCUGUUUUUUUAUUUUUAUCCCUUUAUCCCUUUUCAAAAUAUUUUCUCAUAUCUACUGUUUGUUCUUAUUUUCGCUUUAGAAAAUUUAGUGAGAAAGUCUAUAUUUCGAUUCCUUUUGAUUCCACGUCGCCAACUAAAAUUUAUGGUUAUUUUUUUAUUUGCAAAUUCUGUGUUUUAUUCUUAAACUCUUCUAUUAGUUUUUCAGCUGCAAACUCUCUAAUUUGCUUGUUUGAGGUUCAUAAUAAUUUUUUUUUCUAUCAUACUUUUUUUGUUAUGUAUAAUAUCCUGUUUCGUUUGGAAAAGGAGGGUUAUUGAUCAUUCCUUUCUCUCUGUUUUCAAUUUUUCAGCUUUUCUCAGUUUCUCCGAGCAUCUUUGUGACAGCUCGUCACCACGUUCUUAAGAGACCUCAAGACGCCAUGGCCUUGUGGGUAGAGGAUGUACGCAGGGACUGUUUUAAGGUUUGCCUCAGGGAAACUAAGAUUUUUGAUGGGCUGCAUAAAAACAUCAAGGUGGUAAGUGCAUUCCCUUUUGUUACCUGUUACAUGUUUUGAAGUAGACGCACCAAGAGAUGAUAUUUGACCAGGGCGUUCUAGUUGCUGCAACUUACAGGGGCAGUACUGUAGCAGUGCCCAGUGGCCCUUGAACGUAUGCUCUUUGCGUACAAGGAAAUUGUAGAUUUUUCAUAGAGAUUCUAUGCUGGGCACCCUAUGAUUUACACGGAGGUUCAGAGCACUAGGCUCCCUUCAAUUGCUCUUAGAACACAACCUUGACUUUAGAAGGAAAAUAUUGAUAACACUGAUAAUAACUUUUCAUUUUUCCUUCAGGACUGGAUAGCAUUUGUUAAGCUUAUGACGCCGAAUUCUACCUUGAUCCAUGACUCUGUGAUAACAAACAAUAACUCACCAUUAAACAAGCAACAAAACAGUGCUGCCUGUCAGGUAAGUUAUACUGUUUGGGUUUCUGAGUCAUUUAUAUUUAUAAAUACAUUGAACCUUUAAUUUUCUUAAUCUAACCAGCAAUAAACUGGCUUUCGGCUUGAACAUAAAAAAUAGGUCAUUUUCAUAGAGCUCUAAUGUUUUCAUCGUCAAACAUCUAUACAUACCGGUAGCGAACAUGUGUAGAAAUAUAUAAAACCAAUAAUGCUGAUUAAUAGUUCCAUUUUUUUUUUUUUUUAGAAAAUAAAGUUCACUGAUGCUUUCUAUGCCCCUCCGGUAGUGAUGGUUUCACCAAGACUCAGUUACCAUAACAACAACUCACGUUUCUCGGCUUCCGGAACUUGUAACGGAGUUACUGCUUGGGUUCAGGUAGGAGGUAUUUGACUAAGGAGAGAUUUCCCAUGAAUUAUAUACUUGCCUCGAUUUCAUAUCCAGCUCUGAAAUAUUCCUUUUUACAUUUACAUUGAAUUUGCAUUGAGAUGUUUUAGUUGCCAAAUGCGCUCGGGCCAUUUUAUUGUCCUUUAUUUCAGUUGCUCUGUCCUCGCUAAAGUCAUAAUUGUAGAAAAGCCGCCAGUGUUCCCUAACAAACAAAACUAAAAGGAUAAUUAGUUUGUGAAUAAUAAAGCUUAGCUUACAACUUUCUUCUGUUCAAUGCCAACCGUUAUUUAGACACUUCAAAGUAAAGGAAUCCUGAACAAAGGAAACUUGAUUUCUUUUGCACAGCACAGUUUCCGAAAUUCAUUUGCUUGACUGACAUUUAAUUUUGAGUCAUUUAGUUUAGCAUGUGAACUUUACAGCUGCAUUUAUCCAGGUUUGUUUUCAGUCGUCAGCUGAUUUUAUCCAGCCUUCUUUGCAUUUGUUUUUCGAUGUUGUAAUAAGUUGAUUGGUUAGUAUAAAUAGAAGACUGUUAUCCCUUUUUUUAUUUACGUGACUAUAAUUUUAUGAUUCCCAUUUGCGAUUUACGUUCAAGAGCUGAAGAUUAAAGUGUUGACGUCCAUAUUUGAGUAGUGUCUUGUUUCCAGUUGUAGCAGAUCCGUAGUACCCUGGAACAGUGACGGGUUCCAGUCCCGCUAGCCAAGCGAGUAGCAGAGUUAGUUUUCCCCCUUCGUUGUUCAUAGGCCGAAGUCACUCGAAUUCCCCCAACGCUCGUUUUCCCCGAUUGGCGCUUGGAGGCGCAAAAUCUAUUGUCACAUAUUAACGUUGAUCUUAGGCAGACGUUGUUUGAUUUUAAAUUCAUUUUAUAAGCGAAAAAUAAGGUGCAUUUGACAUUCAGUUUUUCGACGUCGAAAAAUAUGCAUUUGACAGUUUAUCUUGCUGGCAUUGUAGUAUCCUCGCGCUCGAGAGACACUAGACAGGAUACCUGAUGAUUAAGGUUAGACACAUUAUGCUCGUAAAUUUGACCAUAAUGCUUUUCAUCGUCACCCUAAAAAUCGUACCAUUGUGCCGAAAAUUAUGCUGGUGUCAGACCAUUAUGUUCGAGUGAUGCUGGCUGAAAUUUCGUCCUUGAAUCCACGGUACCACCCAAACGAGUCCCCAAAGCUUAAAACGCAACUUUUUAAUAUUAUUGUUUUACUCUUAAAGGCGACGAACAAUAAUGCGGAAAAUCUAAAAUGUGUAAAGCAUGUUAAUACAAGUAUUGUAUGUCAGCAAUUUGGUAUAUGUUUAUCCCUUGUUGUAUUGAAGCAUUAAUGAACAUUCAGUAUAGUCUUGAAGCAUAAGGUUUUUCAAAUGUCCAAACCUCGUAGUCAGAAUGGAAAAGACCCUCUCAGAUGAAGCUGAUGAUGCCUGGAGCAGGAGAGAAAGCUUAGCUGCUGCUGACCAAAAGGGCAGCUCAUCUGCAUUAUUCUUCUACCAACCAACUGGGUGAACAUCAGGCGCAAUUCCGUCUGCCUUCACCAGGUAUUCCGGUGGCUCGUUCUUGAGGUCUCUUGUGACAGCAGCAUUAUUGAGAAAGGAAAUAGCUGCGAUGGCAUCGAUGUCGUUUGCCACAGGACGCAAAUAGCAGGUUUGAUGUGGGCUGAACAAUCUAACAACUUUGAAGAUUUCAACUUGGCUGUUAAGUGUACCCAUCACUGUCUGAGGGAAGUAGUCCCAUCCAGACUGAACAGCCGCUACGCCAUACUGGUAACAUUGCUGGGCAACAACAGGGUUUCCUCCAGAGAUGUGCCACGAUACAGCAGUGAGGUUUGGGAGGUUGACUACAUUGUCGCUGUUUUGCAUGAAUAUGAGUAGCUGAUAGCUAGCGCGCAAUCUCCCUCAAGAAUAUAGGUCGACUCAACCAUUGGCUUGCCCGCAUCAACAACUGCUGCAAGUUCAACCAGUAGGAAGCAGUUCGAUUGAACAUCAUUGAACAUUGCCUCAAUCUGCUUUAGAGUGGCAGCCUUGCUUCCAGCCUCUUGCAGUCUUUGUUGCACGGAAGGGAGAAUCUCAGCAAACUGUAGCAUAAUCUGUUGCGCAACCUCCCACCAGCUCCACCACCGUGUCAGCGAAUAGGACUUCAUAGAGUGCGUUCUCUCCAAGCGAGUCGAGUGGCAGGACUGUGACCAAAAAGGCUGUUCCAAAGCUGCAAAAAGCGCUUGAGGAUAGGGAUAUUAAAAUGGUUACCAACACAAUCUACGGUAUGGGAGAAACAGCGAACAUCAACCACUUUAGGAAAAACAACCUUCACAGUUCUCAUGGUAGCUCCAUUCACAGAGGCUCUGUCACUCAUUGCCGCACAAAGGUUGUUGUUCUGAACAUUAUAAUGUUGUGCAAGGACCAUAAUUAGUUCACGAGCUAGCUCCUUCCCUUUGAGAGAUUUGGCUAUCAACUGUAGUCGUACCCGGCGCCGUUUAAUUUCCCAAAUCUGCUGUAACAAACCUGAUCACAAUAGCCAAUGCUUCUCCAAGCCUCGUUGUCCCAUCAAAGAUAGCAGCAACGUUGGUACCAGAUAUCUCACCCUUGAUUUUUUUCUUCCCCCUCUUUUUUCAAGAAUGGAAUCAGCUGUCGCAUGUGGGGCGCCGAUGUGAGACGGUAGCCUUCUUCUUCGGGUAGUUCACGAAAUCAUCCAUCUUGUGAAGUGGCACUCCUGCCUUGAGAAAUGUCUUGAGAACUUCCACUCUAAACACUCUUUGAUUGUCACUGAGCAUUUCUCCUUUAGGAUGGACUUCUUGGCCAUAGUUUCUCAUCGCGUCAGCUAUUAACAUCUCUUUUCUUCUUUUGCGAUAGUCUUUGCUUUCCGGACUUGUGCUUCGAAGACUCGACGAGGCGCUUAAUAAUCCUUGCUUUCACAGAAACUUCUUCCCUACAGACCUCACAGAAUAGCUUACCAUUAGACCUACGAAAGGGCUCUUCUUUGAAUUCUCUUAUUAUUGCGUUCACUGAGACAUAUUUCAGAGACGUAGACUUCUUUUGACUAGUCUUGCCUGGCCCUCGUUGGGUUUUGUUGUUGCCUUUAUGAGAGGCAACUACACGACGUCUUACAAAAUCGGAUUCUUGUGCCCUUCUUAAUUGACUUAACGCGUUUGUCACUGUUUCUCCUAGCUCAGAAGAGCCAGCAACUGAAUUGAGGUCAACUGAACUUGACUCGGGACUUGCCAUGUUGUGAUUGUUGUCAGGAUGACUUCCAAGCCUGAUGGAGCUUGCAUACUGCUGUAACCAGGCCCCUAAACUAGUAACCAAGCCUCAGAAAGAUCUGAAUACUCUUACAUUUCCACUGAAAAUAGGGAAAAUAUUAGUUUUGUAGCAUUAUGCCACAAUUAUGCUAUAAACUUAGCCAUUAUGCCGGCAUUAUUCUCGAUUCUCUGACUAUGCCAUUAUACACGAAAUUCAUGCCGGCAUAAUGUGUCUAACAAUACUGAUGAUUCUUAAUAACAGAUAAUUUCUCAUUGCUGAAUGUCGUCUAGCAUACCUUUACAAACGAAACCGAGGUGUGUAUGAGAAGCCACAGCAAUAACGCCAACUAUAAGGACAUAAUACAACUGGAUUACCUGGUGAUUGGAGGUACGUAAAAAUUAAAUUAAAACUUCGAUGCACGCAGUAUUCUGCAAAGUAUUGAUAAGUACAAUUUAAGACAUGAAUCGUUUGAAUUUGUUUCAUGGAGAGUUUUUCCCGCUGAUUAAAGGAAUUGUUUAACAAACGUUAUCAAUAUUCCAACAUCGGGACAUGCACCAAGUUGAGUGAAACAUGAAAAUAACCCCUCAAAUCUUUAGAAGAGGGUAUAAAUGAAACACGGAAUUAAAGAGAAGGCGAAGAAGUGAAGAAGAUUUAAAAGGAUUGGAGUUGUGGCUUUUGAAAUAAACUUGGUAGCCUGACAAAUGUUCAAAGUUUAUUUUUGUUGUUUGUAACGUUUGACAUGACGCUUGGGAGACACACUUGUUUGACUCGACGGUGUGAUUUUGUAUCUUUACUAACGCUGUGUUUAGAUGCGAAUAAGGAGGCGUAAUUGGCUAUAUUGAAGAAAAACUAGACCGUUGUGGCAAAGUCCCUUUAAUGUUAUUUUGUUGUUGUUGUUAUUAUAUUUGUUUUUGUAGAUAGUUUGUAGAUUUUGGUUAAAGCUAAUCUGAUUUUUUUUAAUCCUCAGAUUUGAAUCCUUGCCUAGACGUGACGUGUCAUUUUCACAGCUUUUGUAAGGCGUUUGGGCCUUAUGAUGCUCGCUGUGUAUGUGUGAAUAGCUGCCCAUCUUAA